UCAUGAAUUAAACUUUUAGCAGAAUCAGACCUAAAACAACAGAUUCUAAGAUUCGAAAUUCCUCCAAUCAUUAAUUGAUCUCUCAAUUGUUUCAACAAAUCAAUUCUUAUUAUGAGUAAGAGGAGAAACCAAGACCAAAAACUCAAUCUAGAUAAAGAAAAAUGAUUCCUUUGAAUUAUUCACAAUCUGAUACUUAUGACCCUACAGACAAUUUAAUCGAUCGAUUGUGUCCUACUAUUUAACAAGAUGCAAAAUUCAUUUUUAUCAAAACAAGGGAAAGAGCCUUGCGCUAACCAUCUUCGGGUUCAAGAAGAAAAAAAAUGAUCGAGGAACCAAAAUUUCAACUUAAUCCAAUAAAGAAAACCACCAUAAUUUAAGAAAUCACCGAAUAGACUGCUCCGCCUAAAAAGACGAUUGAAUAAAAGACUGAUCAUUCAUUUUAUCUUGUCAAGUAGUUGCAUAUUUAUAUUUAGUUCUAUUAAUAUGCUCUAAACAAUGAAAAAAGAUAAAAUGAAAUUAUUUAAUUGCAGUUUUAAUUGACUUUUUAUUUUGCUAUUAAAUAUACGUGUUAAAUUUUAAUGAGCCAUCCUUCAACCCUUCUUGAAUAUCAACCAGCCAAAUAACCCAAUCCCAACAUAAUAAAAUUGCUCACUCAACAUCAAGACUUGUUUCUCAUUCAGAAUUAACCCCCUUCUACCUUAGGAGCUCCAUACCCUUUAAAAUUGGAUGCCAAGGAAAUGCUCAUAGAAGUUCAACCAGAUCAAAAAUUCACUCAUCCAAAAUACUUCUAAAAAGAUAACAAAGUUCAAAAAAUUACAAAAUAACCUUCAUAGCCUGCCUCCACUAUCUUUGUGGAAAGUGGGCUUUGUGAUCCAAAUAAGAAAGCUUGGUAUUACUUGGACGAAGCUUAAAAGUCACAAGGACCUUUCACCUCAGCAGAAAUUGAUUAAUUGAUCACUAAAGGCACUAUCAACAUGCAAACUAAAGUUGCUUUGGAAACAUUGGAUAAAUUGGUGAGAGUUGAAAAGAUUAUUUAAGCAGUAAAUAAAAAAAAAGAAGCUGAUUAAAAAUUAAAAGAAGCAUAAAAAUAAAAAUAAGAAGAAGAAAAUCAAUAAAAAUCACUUGAUUCACCUACCAAAAUCGAAAAAUAAGAAGAACUGAAACUUCAAUAAAUUAAAUAAAAAGAAGAAAAAGGAAUCGAUUUCGAAAUAGACUAUUCAAAGAUCAAAUAAAAUAUUGAAAUAGGAUAAUGGGCUAAGCCAUUAGUUGCACAACCUAUUUAAGUCAAAGUUACUAAGGCUUUUACAAAUAAUCCAUAAUAAUCAAAGCAAUAAUAAAAAUAAACUAAUAAACCUACUGAAAGAAAGCGAAGUGACAACAAGAGCAUGCACGUGGAAGGAAAUAAAGGAAAUUUAUACUAAAAAAAAGGAUAUGAAAAGUAAUUUAAAUUUUAAACUUAUUAGAUAAGAGGAAGUAAUUUUGGAGGCUAAACCAAAGGAGGAGUCAGAUGCCACUCUAAAUUAAGAAGUUUAAGAUUAUUUAAAGAAAUUGGAAUCUAAAAAACCAGAAAAGGCAAAAGAAGAAACCUAGUAAUAACCAGAAAAAAAACCGUAAUAACAAUAAUCUUAAGUUCAAAAAACACAGAAAUUGAAAACUGAGCCUCCUAAAUAAGAAUAGAAAUUAUAAACUAAAUAAUAAGCUGAGAAAGUUGAUAGUGCUGAUGAAGAGUGGGAAAUUGUUGGAGCAAAGAAAAAUACACAAACUAAAAAGGAAUAAUAAUAAAAAUAAACAACAAAAGUAGAAUAGUAGACAAAUUAACAAAAAAAAUAGGAAUAAUAAUAACAACAACAAUAAUAAUAAUAAUAAUAAUAAUAAUAACAAUAAUAAUAAAAAUAGGAAUAAUAAUAAAGUGAAGAAGAUGAUGAUGAAGAUGAGGAUGGAUGGUAAACUGUAGGUGCAUCAAAUAAAGAUAAAAAAAAGCCAGUCAAUAAAAAGAUUUAAUAAAAAAAUUCACAUAUUCCUGGAUUUGCUGUUGAAAUCAAAACAGAUUCAAUCACAGUAUCUUCUGGUUCAGCCAAGAAGCCACCUCCUUAAAAAUAAAAAAAACCUGAGGCAGUUUAACAAUAGCAACCAUAAUAAUCGCAACCUUAAAAUUAACCUUAAAAUAAUUAAAAUGAUGAUGAUGAUGAGGGUUGGAUUGAAGUAGAAGUAGGUCAAGCACCAAAAAAGGUUACCUAAUCUAAAAAAGGAAAAUGA